CUGAAUGCAUAGGCAGGUUUAGAAGUGGAUAGGUAUUGUCCUUUCCAUUUUUUUAAAUUAAGGUGAUUAAUAGUUUUUAGAUCAAAUGGAACAGUUGCAAAAUCCUAAUCUUAAAUUGCUGAAUAGAUCUAAAAGGCCGAAGCAACAUAUCUUAAAAAAGAGAGAGCGUGAUCUCCUUAAAUAAUAUUAUGAAUAGAUACUAUAAAAUUAAUAAAUAUCAUAUAAAUAAAACAUGAAAUAUACAUUUUUGUAAAUAUUAUACUUCUUUUAGAUUAUAAGAAUAGGAUUAUGUAUGA